AUGUUCUUCUACAUUGUCUGCGCACUAUUCUUGCUGAACGCCUUCACGACUGAGGCGCAACCCGAAUGCGGUACGUUACGGUAUACGAACUGGAUUGCAGCCCAAGGCAUGAGCUUUAAGGAAUUGCCAUGUGAGGAUCAAGGAGGAGAAAUGUUCUGCCUCGGCCCAAAGAACGCCGGCCAAUGCAACAGUCCGGGCUUCGCCAAAAUUGCGGAACAGUUCUGUGCCAAAACGUGUGGCCUUUGUUAA